AUGAAAAUCCAUUAUACUAAUAUAUUAUUGUUUCCUCUAAAAUUAAAUAUAUUGGUAAAUACCCACAAAAAACCAUCCAUCACACCACGUCAUAUACAAACUACCAGAUUAUUAUGCGAGUGCGAAUUAUAUAUGUCCAAUUAUGACAACGAUCCUGAAAUGAAAAGGGUGAUGCAACAAUUUCAUGAUCGUACAACACAAAGGUUUCACGAAUACGAUGACCGUAUGAUAGAAAAACGCCAAAAAUGUAAAGAUCGAUGUAACAAAGAAAUUGAAAAAAUUAUAUUAAAAGAUAAAAUCGAAAAAGAAUUAACCGAAACGUUCGCGACAUUGAACACUAAUAUAACUAAUGAGGAUAUACCCACAUGUAUUUGCAAAAAAUCAGUAGCGGAUAAAAUAGAAAAAACUUGUUUGAAAUAUGGAGGUGCGUUGGGAGGUGGUGUGAUGCCUGGAUUGGGAUUGAUAGGUGGAAAUAGUGUAUAUAUAUUAGCCAAUUAUGAGACUAUCAACGCAUUUAUUGCGAAAACAAUUGAAGAAUUGGAAGGAAUUCCUGGUAUAACUAAGCUAUUUGGUGCAAAAAUUUCACAAUUUGUGACUCCAGCAGUUUUUCGUAAGCCAAUGUCUCUUGUUGAAACAAUUCUAAGUGAAAAAAAAAAAUUGUGCUUAUGCGCUGCUAACAAAAACGAACUUUUAUGUCGUGGAAUGAAUCCAAAUGUCCCAGAAACUUUACCUAAAAAAAUAGAAGUUGCUGUGAACGAAGUUUUGUCCAGUGUAAAUGAUACAUGGGCUACGGCAACAACGCCAACAACAUUUUUUACAAAUCCUAUAAUUUUAUCUGCUAUAGCAAUAUUGGUAAUAGUUAUAAUUAUGGUAAUUAUUUAUUUGAUUUUACGUUAUAGAAGAAAACAAAAAAUAAAGAAAAAACUCCAAUAUAUAAAAUUAUUAAAAGAAUAG